GUUGUUAUUGAUCUGUUGCUAACUUAACGGCUGCUCCACCGUGUGUCUCGUGAAUGAAUGACAUCAUGCGUGCUGCUGUCGGUCUCCACCUGCGACAUGACACCUGCAGACACUGACGGCGUACAGUGAUGCAGCAGAAGUUGUGCUCCAGAGGUUCCGGUUCUUUCCUCUUGGAGAGGAACGGCCAGUCCUGCGGCGCCGUCACCGCCCCAUCCUGUGACCUCCCCUUCCGCUGCCCCCGCUGUGGCGAGCAGGAGCGCUUCCGCAGCCUGGCCUCGCUCCGCGCGCACCUGGAGUACCGGCACUCGUACUGCUCGCCAGACGUGACCACGGGCGGCUUCAGCAUCACCGGAAAACUCCCCGACCCGUUGACGGCGUCGAUCCCCUGGCACGACAUGAGCCUCCCGACCCGCAGGGGGCAGCAGAGCGCGGGGCGACCGCCUCACGUGCGCUCCCUCAGUGACACCAGAGACGGCGGGUUCCUCCACUCCUACAGCUCCGUGAGGAGACGCACCCAAAGCGUCGGCGUGGGGACGCAGGCUGAGGAUGAGGACGAAGAGGAGGACGAAGAGGAAUUUGGGACAGAAGAUGAAGAUGUGGGAGAAGAGGAUGACGACGAAGGUGAAGAGAGAGAUGGAGGUAGAAAUGAGGAAGAUACAAAAAUGUCCAUCAAAAAGUCGGACGUGUGCCACCAUCACCUCAACCACCACCUCCCGUUCCCUCCUGCUCCCCUCGGCCCCCCCCCUUACCCGGACCUGGACCCGGAGCUGGGGCUGGUCGAGCAGAACUCGUACUCUGGUUUGGAGACGGCAGCGGCGUCGGCCGCCGUGCGCCGACGACUGGCGAGCAUCCUGCGGGCGGCCGACAGCACCAUGCAGCGUCGGCUCGCCAAGGUGAGCACGGAGCUCGCUCAGACCGACACGGAGCUCCUGUGUGAGCGCGCUCACUCGCAGCACUUGGCUCAGGAGAGACAGGAAGUCGCGGACAGGGAGAGGUCGCUGAGCCGUCAGGUGGAUGUGGCUGUCAUGGUGAUCGCCGCGCUGAGGGAGCAGCUCAACGCCUCGGAGAACGAACUGGAACGACAAGAGAGGGAGGUGAUAACCAUCCAGAAGUUUCUGGAAGCGGCGGCUCGUCAGGAGACGUGCGGUAAAGUUCGAAUCCAGCUCUUCAUCGAGAAUCUGCUGAGACGCAUCGCUCUGGCCGAGAGGCUGGUGGAGUAUUACCAAGUGAACGGCAGCCCGCAGCAGUGCAGCCACUACAAGCACCAGCAGCCGUCGGAUAACACGCCUCACAGAAUCACUAAGAGCAGGUCAGCGGGAGGUCAGCUGUCCUCGUCUGGGCUCCACGACCACAGAGCCCACUCCUCCUCGCAGUUCGGCUGCCGUCCUCUCUUCUCAAAACCGGGCGGCGGGGAGCGAGAGCGGGAGCGGGAGCAGCGGGAGCGUCUGGCCCAGUCGUCCAGGCUGUUCUGCCGACCCGAACACCGAGACGACAUCUGGAACCACCAGCGCCGCCGGUCUGCCGGGUACGAGGCGUAGAACUGUGGAGAACACCGGAGGAGAGGGGGCUGCAGAGGGUAACGCUCUAUUAACGCGACUUCAGUGUUAACCUAUGGAAAAGUACAGCGAGCUCACGUCACGCUUCUCCAGUACGAUUCUUUAUCCGUCUGGACUGAAGCUGCAGAAGUGCAGACGCUUCACACACGUUUAUGUUUUGUCCUCUGACCUGCAGAAGAUUACUGAAACUGAAUCAUUACAUUCAGCAGAAAUCUUAUUUUGACUGUUUGCAAAGUGUUUCCUGCAUCGACUGUUCAGGAUGUUAAAGAUAAACAGCUGCAACAAUUAAUCCACUGAUAGAAAAAUAAUCUGCAACUAUUUUCAGUUAUUGACACCAGAAGAAAGAAAAAGGUACAAUAUGUAUUAUAGUUCUAAAUGUGAAGAAAUAUUCACUUCCUUCCUUUAGUACUUCACUUUAUAUUACAUCACAUGCUUGUACAGAAUGACCGGACACAAUAUUAGAAUUACACUACAGUAUAAGUUUAUGUUUUAUAAAUGUCAGCUACUUCUGAAUGAGAGAAUAUAUCCAUAAUACACUUCAGUAACGUUUACUGCGAGAACAACCACAGUGCGUGAGCACAUCACAGGUACAAGGUGUUGAGCACAUCACAGGUACAAGGUGUUGAGCACAUCACAGGUACAAGGUGUUGAGCACAUCACAGGUACAAGGUGUUGUGCACAUCACAGGUACAAGGUGUUGUGCACAUCACAGGUACAAGGUGUUGAGCACAUCACGGGUACAAGGUGUUGUGCACAUCACGGGUACAAGGUGUGCACAUCACAGGUACAAGGUGUUGUGCACAUCACAGGUACAAGGUGUUGAGCACAUCACAGGUACAAGGUGUUGUGCACAUCACAGGUACAAG